AAGCGCGAGCCCGAGCCUGAGCGCGAGCGCGAGUGCGAGCGCGAGCGUCAGCUCCAGGAGGCCAGGAUCGUUCCGCUGGAGAGGUGAAGAUGCGCUGGGCACUAAAGCGAGGGCACCUCUGCCCGCUCAGCCCGCCCAUCCCUCGUACCCUUCCCGAGAGGACCCUUGAGGACCGAGCCUGAGUGGGGAGGGGUUCCCCCCCCCACUGCGCUCCCCGGUCCCCACUAAUUCCCCUCUUUCUUGGGGUGGCUCUUGAUUCCCCAAGACUCCAGGGUGCGCUCAGUAUGCUGAUUUCGCGGGACUCUUCCCUUCUCCUUCCCCUCGCUCGUCUCUCUUGGCUCUCUCCCGCCUCCAGACCUUUGCUCUCUAAAGGGAGCAGCCCGCAUGCCUCAAGUCUCCUGCAAAGUAGGACAGGCUAGGGGGUGGGCCCGAGCCUUGGGUUUCACAGGUUAUUAAAAAGCCCCAGUUCAUCCCCUGGCUGCUUGCUGCUGCUGCUGCUGCUUUUGGACCCGCGCGGGGCUGCAUUGGACUCGCUGCAGGUUGCGGUCGCUGGUGCAUCCUCUGCCACAGUGAAGAUAACAGACGGAUUUUUCUUUUUGAGUGUCCAGGAGAUUUUUUUUUUCUUGGGGGUGGGGUAGGAGGAGGGACGCAGACUCCCAUCUCGAUUGUGGAUUACCUUUUUAAAUCCCCUCUGCAAUGGAAAACAUAUCAUCAACAAACAAGAUGGAAGAAAACCAAGAUGAAAGUGAGACUUCUAUCACAAUAAGUAAUAGCCUCCUCUUGGAAGAAGUGAAAAAAAAAUGCAAGGACCCAACCAGACGUAUCAUAAAAGAUCCAGAGAGGUCAUUCAGAAAAAGUUUCAGGCUAGACUAUAGGUUAGAGGAAGCUGUAACUAAGUCUCAGAAAGGAAAGGAUGGAAGAUACAUCAACCCUUGGCCAACAUGGAAAUUUCCGUCUCUUUCAGAUGUUUUAAAAUGGGUAUUACUUGAAAAAGAUAACAGCAAAAUUCCACGCUGUAAAGAGGAACUGGACAAAGAACUUCCAGUGGUUAGGCCAUAUUUUGUUGAUAAACCUGAAAAAGCUGGAAUGAAGAAAGGUGGUUUACGAGUCACAUGGCUUGGACAUGCAACAGUUCUGGUGGAAAUGGAUGAAGUAAUAUUUCUCACUGACCCUAUUUUCAGUAUGCGGGCUUCACUGACACAGUUCAUUGGUCCAAAACGCUUUCGAAAUCCACCAUGUACAGUAGAGCAGCUUCCCAAAAUAGAUGCAGUUCUGAUCAGUCAUACCCACUAUGACCACCUGGACUAUAAUACUGUACUUAGUUUAAAUGAACGCUUUGGUUGUGAACUGAGAUGGUUUGUACCUAUGGGUCUCCUAGAAUGGAUGCAGAAUUGUGGAUGUGAGAAUGUGAUCGAACUGGACUGGUGGGAAGAGAACUGUAUUCCUGGACAUGAUGAUAUCACCUUUGUCUUUACACCUUCCCAACACUGGUGUAAAAGAACUCCAGUAGAUGACAAUAAAGUUUUGUGGGGCAGCUGGUCUGUCUUGGGGCCCUGGAAUAGAUUUUUCUUUGCAGGAGACACUGGUUAUUGUACCGCUUUUGAAGAGAUAGGAAGGCGAUUCGGACCUUUUGAUCUUGCAGCCCUUCCAAUUGGAGCUUAUGAACCAAGAUGGUUUAUGAAACACCAACAUGUAGACCCGGAAGAAGCCGUAAGGAUUCACAUCGAUGUUCAAGCAAAGAAAUCUGUAGCAAUUCACUGGGGAACCUUUGCCUUAGCAAACGAGUAUUACCUGGAUCCUCCGUUGAAAUUGAAUGAAUCUCUAGAGAGGUAUGGAAUUAACAAUGAAGAUUUCUUCACCUUGAAGCAUGGAGAAUCAAAAGAUGUAAAGAGUGAUGAUGAAAACUUUGAAUAAAUGUGGGUGAUAAAGACUGGGAAUAAGUAUGAAUAUUAGAGGGCUUUAAAAAACCAAACCUCAUAUAGGAUUUGAAAUGGCAAAACAAAUUGCAAAAUUUAGACCUAAAGGGUGAUUUCCUUUUAAAUUUAGAAAUAGAUCUCUCCAAGUUUGCAUUUUACUUUAUGUGUACAGGCUAGUUAAUUUAUACAUUGAAAUAUUACAGUGAUAAAAAUCAUUAGAUUGGUUAAUAUAUGGAGUUUAAAAGUUAACUUUCUAAAGUGAGAAUAUUGCAAUGGAAGCUUUUUUACUAAUUUAAGAGAAGUCAUUUAUAGGUUAGGUUCCAUUUUCAGAAGUUGUGAAACAUUCAUUCCUAUGUUUCAGGUCCUUUAUAUAAGGGGAAUCAAAAUUCAUUGUAUACCUAUAUAUUUUAAGAGCCUUGAUCAGUACUAUAGUACCAUCCUCCCCUACCCCCUGCAUUAUUUUUGUUAUUAAAGUCAGCAUACAUCUCCAACUAUGCUUUUUUCCAGCAUAAAUGUAUGAGUAUUUGGGUUCUGCUCUGCUUUUUGAAGGGUUUUUGUUUUUUUCAUUUCUUUUUGUUUGUGUUUCUUUUUUGCGGGGCACUGAGGGUUAAGUGACUUGCCCAGGGUCACACAGCUAGUAAGUGUCAAGGGUCUGAGGCUGUAUUUGAACUCAGGUCCUCCUGAAUCCAGGGCUGGUGCUUUAUCUACUGCACCACUUAGCUGCCCCUGAGUUUUUGUUUUUUCAAUAGGAGUAUGGUAUGCCCCAGCUGAAUUAGGAGGGAAAAGGUACAGAUUAAGUUAAAGGGAAUGAGAAAGCAUUAUCUAGGAGAACUUUUUUAUUUCUAAAAAUCACAACUUUCAUUAAACACAAAUAUAUACAGCCAGCUACAUGGAAAUUGAUAUUUUUAUAUAAUUUAUAUUCAGGUCUUGAUAAAAUGUAUUAAUGUAGACUAUACUUUCAUUUAAAUGUAAUCCUAUCCAUUCAUGAAUCUCUCUCUAAAAAAAAAUACCCCUUAAUAUUCUUGCCUAAAUUCUCCUUUUCAUUGGUAUUUGUAGCAUAAUCCUAAAAAUAUCGAUAAGGUUAAUUUUUAAAAAUUAACAAUGAAUGCCUUGAGUGUUAGAUUAAGUAACUUGCAAAUAGAUUUCGUUUCAUUAUAAGCAAGGUUCUAUUUUAGAUAUACAUAUUCUCACUCUGUACUACAGUUUUACCUAAAUGACUUUUCUGCAUGGAACAUUACUAGAAUUGUGUAUUUUAUGCCAAAUGUUUGGUACUUCAGGGAAUAGCCAGUUAGUCAAUAGCUUGAUAAAUUUGCAUGUAUGUACAGAAGCACCGUGACUUGGUUGCAAAGCAAUCAAUGUUUGAAUUUCAGCCCUGCCUGGUUAUACCACUGAUUUUUUUUUUUUUUUUGGUAACUUCAAAUAAGUCACCUAUGCCUCCCUGUGUCUCAGUGUCCCCAUCUGUAAUAUGGAGGAGGUAAAACUUUUUACCUACCUUCCAGGCAUACUGAGGAAUAAAUCUCAAGUGAUAUUAAAAGUACUUUGAAGUCAUACAAAAGAAAAUUAUUAUUUAAGGUAUUUGGGUGUCUAAGCAAUAGCCACAUUUAAACAUAGACCAAUGCCUCUGAAAAUGUACCUUGCUAAAAUUUUAACAUUCAUAUCAGGAAAUGAAAAACUGAGGGUGACCUAACUCAUCCUUGUUGCAUAUUUGUUGCGAGUGACAACUCAAUCUAAUUGUUGAGUUAGGCUUUAAUAAUUUUUUUUUUGCUUACAAAGAUGCAAAUAAAUUGAAAAAGGUUUUAUGUAAUAUUUUGACACUAACAGAACAAAAUUAUCAUCAUAUAUUAAAUCGAUUUUCCUGAGACAGAAGUAUAUGAGUAUGAACAUUGUUAGUACAAUUGUAUUUUCAAAAGUAAAAUUGUACAGGAAGACAGGAAUAAGAGCAUUGUAAUUUUACAAUAGUAAUGCUGACCCUACUUGCAAACUGCAGCAACUACAGAUACCUAAUAGAAGCCAGCAUCUUGUCAGCCACUUUCCUGGCAUUAUAUGCUGAACUAAAAAUUUAAAGAUUACAAAUGGAGCCUAUCUACCAUUUAAAUGUAUAUUUUGCUUUAAUAUUUCUAUUCCAUGAAUCGCCUUAACAUUAUUUUAUACUUAUAAUAGCACCUUUUAAGAGAUCUCCAAGCACUUUAGAACAUUCUAAUCUAUUUACUCUCUUAGCAAACUCAUUUUUAUUCAGACUUUCUAAUGAAAAGUUUGUUAUUGUGUUUAAAUUGUUCUUACUUUUAAGACUUACUGGGUAGUAUUCUUUUUUAGUAAUUAAAACAUUGAGAAUUCCGGUCCUGAUUGUAUAAUGAAACACCUCUCAUAAUUGAACUCCCUAAGAAAUAAUCAACUUUUUCCCUGACUCUUUUAAUAUUUCUUUUCCAUUGUAGUAUUUCUUUUGCCAUCUGCACUUAGGAAGGUUUGCAUACUGUUCAAUGAUGAAAGUUUUCCAAUCUGGAAAAGUGUGAAGGGGGAAUGACAAUAAAUCUGAUGUUUCCCUUUAUUUAGAAUAAAAGGAAGUACACUUUUCUUUUUUUUUUUUUUUUUGGUGGGGCAAUAGGGGUUAAGUGACUUGCACAGGGUCACACAGCUGGUAAGUGUCAAGUGUCUGAGGCCGGAUUUGAACUCAGGUCCUCCUGAAUCCAGGGCUGGUGCUUUAUCCACUGUGCCACCUAGCUGCCCCCGGGAAGUACAUUUUUGAGGUUCAGUCUAUGUAUCCUAAGAUGAAAUUAUAGUACUCCUUGGUUUGUCAGAAUGCUUACUAAUAUAUUUUUUUGGGGGGGGGUAAUUUUCCCCCCAAAAUAAAAGAUUCCCUUUCUUCUCAGGUAUUAUUCCUUGUCUUCCUCAAAAUUAUUGGUUCUAAUAAUUAGGGGGGGAAAACCUACCUAAUAAUAAACCAUAGCAUUAUUCAAGAUGUGCCAUGACAUCACAUUAUAUAUAUAUAUAUAUAUAUAUCAAACACAGCCAAAUAAACUUCUCUCUGUAUUACCAUGCUGUAACAUAUCCUUUUAGAGUAAACUCCACUCCCUAUUUCCCUUCAAUAUAGUUGGACAAUGUCCUAAUUUCAAGAAAAUACCCAGAAUUGUAACGAUCAAUAGUUCCAAUGAAUGGGUAUGGCUGAGGCAGGGAGAGAAUGAACAAAAUGGAAUCAUGCAAACUUGAUAAAGCACAUUAAAACCAAAUGCCAGUUGUACUGAGUGCACAUAUUGCUUGUAUGUUUUCAUUAUGGAACAUUCAAGAAAGUUGUUUUAAAAUAUUGUGAAGAAAUGUGCCUUUUAAGGAUGGGGAUGUAAUACGUGGGAUUGCAUCACUAUGUAUAAAACUAAAACUGCUGGCCAAAAUGUGUACAUUACUAUUCUCUCCCAUCAGGAAGUCUAUUUUUUACCUUAUAUAGUACUUUUCUAUUGUAAAUAUAUUGUUAUUUUUAAAGUUUGAUUUGUGUCAAGUUGCCUGAAAAAUUCACAUUUUUCUCUCAUCAUGGAUUCUUGAUUUUCUAGCUGAAGCAUUCUUUUAACUAUGUAAUAAAAAAAAUAAAUUUGAAGUAUUCUUUGAGCACAAUAAGCACAAGGGGGAAAUAAAACUUAUAUACUGGUUUAUGUAUUGCUAAGCAUAGUCGGAUUAUAAAUAUUAAUACUAUAAACAUAGCUGAAUAUAUCUGUAUCAACACAUUGCCAUAAUAGCUUGUGAAAAUAAACUUCUUACUACGAGUGCUGUUUAAAUGGUUUUUUUUAAUAUACUUUAACUUCCUACUGGUAGUGGGGAUGGGAUAUAUAUUUUUUUAUAUUUGAAUCGCCAAUGCCUGGCAUGGAGGUGCUUAAUAAAUGUCCAUCCUUGCAGCUCUUAUCCCUGCCUUCUCCUAAAUCCACCAGAGGUUCCACCAAGGGCUGGAGGGCUACCUCACUUUCUCUUCACCUUAUGAGGUUACCAUUUAGCACUUGAGCUGCCUACCUGUCAUCCCAUACCCUUCCCACCUGACCAGCCCAUUUUUCUGAUGACAUCUUUCUUCCUUUUCUCUAGAACUCAUUUACGGGGUGAAACUUCUUCACCCCUACAGUGAACCAUUCUUGCCAAUCAAUGUGAUAGUCAUUUCUGUUCUCCAGAGGUUGUUUUGUUCCAUCACUUACAGCUAUAUAAACACCACCUACACUGGCACUGAAAAAAUGGGUCUUUAAUUCUGGGAACUUGGAAUUAGUAAAGGAGUUUUGCAAUUUCAUGAAGGCAAUC